AUGGCCGACGAUGACUUGGAUCUCAAUCUCACCAAGAAGAAGAAGUCAAAAAAGACCAUCAAGUUAGAUGUGGACGAAGCUGGGCCAAUCGAAGAUGCUACCAAUGAAUUGGAUGAGCUUGAUUUGGGAAAGAAGCCCAAGAAGAAGAAGGUCGUAGCCGAAGCUGGAAUAGAAAUCGAAGGUGCUAAAGCAGCAGGAGCACAUGAUCUUGGUAUCGGAGCUUCGAACCUGAUCGACGCCACAAGGCCGUGGCCCGAUUAUACUUAUGAUGAGAUGUUAACUCUUGUUUUCAAUAUAAUGAGAGAGAAAAAUCCAGAAUUAUCUGGUGAAAAGAAGAAAUUCGCCAUGAAACCUCCUGAGAUAGCAAGAGCAGGAAGUAAGAAGACUGCUUUCUCCAACUUUGCUGAAAUCUGUAGGCUGAUGAAACGACUAGACAAACAUGUGUUACAGUUCCUUAUGGCUGAAAUGGGUACCACCGGAUCUAUUGACGGUAACAACUGUUUGAUUGUCAAGGGUAGAUUCCAACAAAAACAUUUUGAGAGCGUAUUAAGGAAAUAUAUUAAAGAAUAUGUGAUGUGCCACACUUGUCGAUCCUGUGAAACUUCUCUUACCCGUGAUACUCGUCUUUUCUUCUUACAAUGUCAAACAUGCGGAUCAAGGUGUUCAGUAACUGCCAUUAAGACAGGUUUCACUGCUAUGGUUGGAAAGAGAUCAGUUGCACGUCGUGCAGCAGAAGCAACUGCUGGAAAAUAA